AUGCCUUCUUUUUCAUUUUCUUCUUCAACCCUAUAUCUCUUUCAUCAUAUCCCUUCUUUUUCAUUUUCUUAUUCAACCCUAUAUCUCUUUCAUCAUAUCCCUUCUUUUUCAUUUUCUUCUUCAACCCUAUAUCUCUUUCAUCAUAUCCCUUCUUUUUCAUUUUCUUAUUCAACCCUAUAUCUCUUUCAUGAUAUGCCUUCUUUUUCAUUUUCUUCUUCAACCCUAUAUCUCUUUCAUCAUAUCCCUUUUUUUUCAUUUUCUUAUUCAACCCUAUAUCUCUUUCAUCAUAUCCCUUCUUUUCAUUUUCUUAUUCAACCCUAUAUCUCUUUCAUGAUAUGCCUUCUUUUCAUUUUCUUCUUCAACCCUAUAUCUCUUUCAUCAUAUCCCUUCUUUUUUCAUUUUCUUCUUCAACCCUAUAUCUCUUUUCAUAUCCCUUCUUUUUCAUUUUCUUAUUCAACCCUAUAUCUCUUUUUCAUGAUAUGCCUUCUUUUUCAUUUUCUUCUUCAACCCUAUAUCUCUUUCAUCAUAUCCCUUCUUUUUCAUUUUCUUAUUCAACCCUAUAUCUCUUUCAUCAUAUCCCUUCUUUUUCAUUUUCUUAUUCAACCCUAUAUCUCUUUCAUCAUAUCCCUUCUUUUUCAUUUUCUUCUUCAACCCUAUAUCUCUUUCAUCAUAUGCUUUCUUUUUCAUUUUCUUUUUCAACCUUAUACCUCUUUGAAUGUUAUCUUUCACUUUUUCCAUCCCAUCUUUCAUUACAUCUUUUUUUUAUUUUCUUUUUCAUUCCUUUUUCAUGUUUUCUUCUUUUUUAUUUUUUUCAUCUUUAAUUUUCUUCAUCAUUAUCCAUCUUUCAUUACCUCUGAUUCUUUACCUUCUUUUUUUUAUUUUUAUACACCUAUUGCCACAUCCUUUUCCAUUUUCUUCUUCCUCCCUAUACAUCUUACUUUUCCUUCAUUUUCUUCUUCAUCCUUUGGAAUUUUCCAUCAUAUGCCAUCUUUUUUCUUAAUACUUACACCUAACUGUAUUUUUUCUUCAUUCCUUUUCUAG